AGAUAAAUAAGGUAAUAGUUAAAUAAUAUAAGUGCCUUCAUAUAUAAUUAUAUAGUAUGAUCUAAUAAGAGGACAGAGCGAUAAAUAUAUAGUUGAAUUCUUUUUUUUUUUUUUCAUAUAUGAUAUAAAUUUUAUCAUUUCAUAUCCAUGUCCCUUAUUUAGAGAUAGACGUUUUCUCGUAUUCGUAUUAUACCCGUAUUCGUGUUAGCUGUCAGUACCCGCUCUUGUGCAACCUAGCAUAUAGUAAGAAUUAUCGAAUUUUUUGAGGAUAUCUGGUUUUCGACACGCCAACAAUGCCCAUGGUCCCGAGUCGUGCUUGAGCUUUCAACCCACUGGCCAAGCUCACGAUGUGGCAUUGUGGCCUAUAGCCAUCUCUAAUAUUGUCCGAACCUCCCUUUGGGCGGUUGAGCCACGGUCGAGACGGAGAACCAAACCUUUAUGACAUAUUGACCACCAAAGAAAUAUUACAACAGAUAAGAAAGCGCCAAAAAAAUCUGUAGCAGAGAGAGAAAUUAGCACUACAACAGCAACAAUGGCGUCGUCUUCUCCACUAUCACUCGCACCUCCACUUCGACAGUCUCUCUCUUCAACAUUCUCCAACACAAGGAUUCUCGCUUCUCAUUCUCGCGUCGCACUUUCUCUCUCUUCCUUUCAUAUCUCUCGCCGCCUCUCUCUCCUUCAUUUCGGUGCUGUUGUCUCACAACCGCAGUUGAUUGGUCUUAAGGAAUCUACACUGCCAAGGCCAGAAAAGAAUAUACUGGAGGCUGGUACACUUGGUAAUAUAGCUGAAGCAAGACCUUCUGUCACCGAGGAAUAUGCUGUGGAGUGGGCUAAAAAUGACAAGAGAAGAUUACUUCAUGCUGUCUAUCGUGUUGGGGAUUUAGAUAAGACUAUAAAAUUCUAUACGGAGUGCCUUGGCAUGAAGUUAUUACGGAAAAGAGACAUUCCAGAGGAGAAGUAUUCAAAUGCGUUUCUUGGUUAUGGACCUGAAGAGUCACACUUUACUGUUGAACUUACAUACAACUAUGGAGUUGACAAAUAUGACAUUGGGGCCGGUUUUGGUCACUUUGGUGUUGCUGUAGAGGAUGUUGCUAAAACAGUGGAUCUUGUUAAGGCAAAGGGUGGAAAGGUCACAAGGGAACCUGGUCCAGAUAAAGGUGAAAGUUCCAUUGUUGCUUUUGUAGAAGAUCCAGAUGGUUAUAAGUUUGAGCUAUUGGAAAGGGCAUCUAUGUUAGAGCCCCUUUGCAAGGUGAUGCUUAGAGUUGGAGACAUUAAUCGUGCCAUUAGUUUCUAUAAAAAGAAGGCAUAUGGCAUGGAGCUAUUACGCAAGAUGGAUUUUCCUGAGCACAAGUACACAACAGCUAUAAUGGGUUAUGGUCCAGAGAAUAACAAUGCUGUUCUGGAGCUAACAUACAAUUAUGGAGUCAAAGAGUAUGACAAAGGAAAUGGUUAUGCACAGAUUGCUAUUGGAACAGAUGAUGUAUAUAAAACAGCUGAGGCAGUUAAACUUAAUGGAGGGAAAAUUGUACUUGAUCCAGGCCCAUUGCCUGGAUUAAAUACCAAGAUAACUGCUUGCUUGGAUCCUGAUGGCUGGAAGACGGUAUUUGUUGACAACAAGGAUUUUCUCAAGGAACUUGAGUGACCCAGGGAUGCUGCUUCUCCAUCUUUCUGUAAGACGGAGAUGGUACAAUUUUGAUGCUUGGAAAUUAUCUAUAUGAGCAUCAUGUCAAAGAUUGCUGUAUGAUUUGAAUUUAAGUUUCUUUAUAAAUGACUUGAGAUUUUAUCAGGAA